AUGGCAUCCCGUUUUACGUCCUUGCUCGCGUUCGGUUGUUUGCUGCUGGCGGCGACUGUUCAGGGGGCGGCCAUCGAUAAUGCGGUGACGCCACGCAUUCACAGCUCGGAUGAGCUCAUCUCGACGAUUGUGGAUAAGUGCUUCCAUGCCAAUGCCAUGCAUUGUCUGCAGGAGAAGGUGCUGACCUAUCUGGACACGGUGGCCAACGUUGAGGAGGAGGUCAGUGGACGUGCCUUCGAUGCUGAUGUCAUCGACAAGGUUAUUCUGGAUCGUGUGGCACGCAUUCUGCGCAACAACGAGGUGCGCGUGCAACUGCCCGAGACCUUCUUUGCCAGCUCCGUGAUGACCUAUCGCGCUGAUCGUGGCUUUGACCUGGAGCUGCCCAAGGAGGAAGGACGUGCUGAGAAGAAGAACAAGGACAAACUGUUUCUGCCUCUCUUGCUGCUCAUGAAGUUCAAGCUGAAGGUGGUCAUGCCCAUAUUGCUCGCCUUGGUCAGUCUGAAGGCCACCAAGGCUCUGAUUCUGUCCAAGAUUGCCAUUAAGCUGGUGCUGGGCUUCCUCAUCUACAAUCUCAUUCAGAAAUUGGGUGGCAUGAAGAUGAACAUGGUCCCCAUGAUGCCCGCACCCAUGCCAGCUGCCGAAUAUGGUGUUCCCAGCACCACUGCCUCCUCUUACGAUCCCAGCAGCUGGGAGCCCAUGAGCGGUGGCCCAUAUGCGCGUUGGGACUCACAGAACCUCGCCUACAGCUCGUACCAUCCCAGCAGCUCCUCAUCGCACUCCUCGGGCUCCUCAUCGGGCAGCUCCAGCAGCUACAGCUCGUCUUCUUAAGCCAAGCGCCCCGCCGCUGUUCAUGUACAUACCAAGGACUAAGUACGCUCUGUACUUUUGACUAAGCAGACCAAAUGGAAACGGAUUAAGCCUAGGCCAUAUAUUUGUAUUUAGUUGUUAAGGUUAAGCGCACGAGUUUUAGCCAUUAUCUAUACUUUGCCGCUUCUCAAGCUCUCCCUCCCACACAACUUUGAAGUCUCUUUAGCUCUCUUUCACUCCCACUCUUUACGUUGCUCUC